CACUAAAACCCUCUCCUCCCUCUCAUCUCUCGCUCCUCCCACUCGCAGCCGCCGCCGCCAACUUUCCCCACCACCAUGGCGGCCGCCACCCACGCCGCCUCCCUCUCCUCCCUCCUCUCCCACACCCACUCCGCCGCGCCUACCCCCAACCACCCCCUCCGACUCCGCCCCCGCCCCGCCUCCCACCGCGUCCGCUGCGCGACCGACGCCGCCGCCGCCGCAGGCACGAAGCACCGGCGCGCGGCCGAUGAGAACAUCCGCGAGGAGGCGGCGCGGCACCGCGCCCCGAACCACAACUUCUCUGCGUGGUACGCGCCCUUCCCCCCGGCGCCCAACGGCGACCCCGACGAGCGCUACUCCCUGGACGAGAUCGUCUACCGCUCCAGCUCGGGGGGGCUCCUCGACGUGCGCCACGACAUGGACGCGCUCGCCCGCUUCCCGGGCUCCUACUGGCGCGACCUCUUCGACUCCCGCGUCGGCCGCACCACCUGGCCCUUCGGCUCCGGCGUCUGGUCCAAGAAGGAGUUCGUCCUCCCCGAGAUCGACUCCGACCACAUCGUCUCCCUCUUCGAGGGCAACUCCAACCUCUUCUGGGCGGAGCGCCUCGGCCGCGACCACCUCGCCGGGAUGAACGACCUCUGGGUUAAGCACUGCGGCAUCUCCCACACCGGGUCCUUCAAGGACCUUGGCAUGACCGUGCUCGUCAGCCAGGUGAACCGCCUCCGCCGCGCACCGCUCUCCCGCCCCAUCGCCGGCGUUGGGUGCGCGUCCACGGGGGACACCUCCGCCGCGCUCUCGGCGUACUGCGCCGCUGCUGGGAUCCCGGCCAUUGUGUUCCUCCCGGCCAACCGCAUCUCGCUCGAGCAGCUCAUCCAGCCGAUUGCCAAUGGUGCCACCGUUCUCUCGCUCGACACAGAUUUUGAUGGCUGCAUGCGGCUCAUCAGGGAGGUGACUGCCGAGCUGCCAAUUUACCUUGCCAAUUCACUCAAUUCCCUCCGGCUCGAGGGCCAGAAGACGGCUGCAAUUGAGAUACUCCAGCAGUUCGAUUGGGAGGUGCCGGAUUGGGUCAUUGUUCCAGGAGGCAAUCUUGGUAACAUAUAUGCCUUCUACAAGGGAUUCGAGAUGUGCCGUGUUCUUGGGCUUGUUGAUCGUGUGCCGCGGCUUGUCUGCGCACAGGCUGCCAAUGCAAACCCACUAUACCGGUACUACAAAUCAGGAUGGACAGAGUUCACGCCACAAGUGGCUGAGCCGACAUUUGCAUCGGCAAUUCAGAUUGGCGACCCGGUAUCUGUCGAUCGUGCAGUGGUUGCACUCAAGGCGACUGAUGGCAUCGUUGAGGAGGCGACAGAAGAGGAGCUCAUGAAUGCCAUGUCGCUGGCUGAUCGCACUGGCAUGUUUGCUUGCCCACAUACUGGGGUUGCACUCGCAGCGUUGUUCAAGCUGCGUGACCAGCGUAUCAUCGGGCCAAAUGAUCGCACGGUAGUCGUCAGCACAGCGCAUGGUCUGAAGUUCUCGCAGUCCAAGAUCGACUACCAUGAUAGCAAGAUCGAAGAUAUGGCCUGCAAAUACGCGAAUCCUCCGGUCAGCGUGAAGGCUGACUUCGGUGCUGUCAUGGACGUCCUCAAGAAGAGGCUCAAGGGUAAGCUCUAAAGCUGUGUGUUCAGCUAACCUCCCUUCCAAUCGGUUAAUGGAUGCCAAGUUGUCUUCUGCAUCAAAUUCGAAUGCGGUGGGUGACUGUGGACCGAUGAUUCGUCGAUUUGUAUUAGUAUUGUAGUAGGUCCUGAAUCUGAAGACUUGAGAGACAUCUCUUGUAGUGCCUGGUGUUGUGUGUGGGUAAUAAGCGACUGCCUUGUUGUUUGAAACUCUGAAUAAUCAGAUUAUCUAGUCCAAUUACUCCGAUCUGUUUCUGCU